GGACCCAGUCAUUGCCAGUGCAGCCAGGCUGACUCGAGAGGGGGGUGUGUCGUGGGACCUAAAGACAUUCACAGUUUAAAACUGGUUUUAUUUUAUAAUGCUUUCACCGAAUUAUUCAGCUGGUAAUUGAAACAGUCUUCAUAGAAUCAUACGUUUCUACGUUACGUUUCAACCAGUAUUUAUUUUCAUUUUACCGGAAAAAAGAAGAACUACCAAUGAAUUGUACCAGGGUCCUGCAGAUAUUAAACCCCAGGCCGAUGCCAAGUCCCAUCAUGCCCGUGGACGUGGCCAUGCGGAUCUGUCUGGCACAGUCACCGCCAGUAUGCAGUUUCCUGGGAUCCUACGAAGCGCGCAACCUCAUCAACCAGUACAAGCCGCUGCGCCCCUGCAUAAGCUCCAAGGCAGAGGUCGAAACCACCAACGUGGGUUGGCGGAGCCCCAAAACCAAGCGCAAGAAGAGGGUGGUGUUUGCAGACUCCAAGGGCAUGUCCCUGACCGCCAUCCAUGUGUUCAAGGAAUUUCAAGAUGACCCCCUGGCGGACCUGCAGUUCGAGUUGUCAGACUUGGAGAACGCCAUCGUAGGCCUGAGGGUGGAGAAAGAGAAGAGCUUGAUGUUGGACUUCGCCCAGCCAGCUGCAGACUACCUGGACUUCCGGAACCGACUAAAGAAGAACCUCGUCAGCCUGGAGAACUGCGUGCUCCAAGACAAGUCCCUCAGCGGCACCAUCAAAGUCAGCAACGUGAGCUUCGAGAAGACGGUCAACAUCCGGAUAACAUAUGACUCAUGGAAAACCUACACGGACGUUCCUUGUAUCUACAUGAAUAAUGUGUACGGCUGUCUGGACAUUGAUACCUUUUCGUUUUUCAUCGACCUGCCCAGUGUCAUUCCCCACAACAAAAGCGUGGAGUUUUGUAUCUGCUACAAAACCCUGGACCAGGAGCAUUGGGACAACAACGACGGCAAGAACUACAAGCUGGUCCACUCGGAACACGAACAGGACCAGCACUCGUGCGCCAUCCAGGCGCCUACGCAGGAGUUCAAGAGCAAGAAAACCGAGAUGGAGUUUGAUCAGUUCGGGAGCCCGAGGACGUCCAGUGGUUUCUUCCCCGAGUGGCAGAGCUGGGGCCACAUCGAGAGCAGCACCCCCUACUGGUGAUCUAACAAAAUAAAAUAAAAUAAAAAUCACCCCAACACGACUAACCCAAGAGAAACAAAGCCUCCCAUAGAUGAAGCCUGUGGAGAUCUGACCUUGGACCAAGCCUAGUGGAGAUAACAGGCUUAUUCCAAAACAGGCCGCUGAUAGCCAUUGGCUCAAGCCAUUCAGUUACCCGUCAACUUGAACUUUCAAUCACAGAUGCUAACAGCUUGAACGCCCCCCCCCCCCCCCAUCAGUUCCGAGAGAUGUACACAUUGUCUUCCUGCUUUGUCAACUGAAAAUAUAAUCGAUGGAUCAUGGGGGAAAUGAACAGUAUUGCAAAUGUGGAUGAGGGGAAGAGUGACGGUUAGCGUUCGAUGUUACGGUCACACUAAUCCCAGUGCAGAGUAGUCUGUGAGAUUAACCAAUGUGGCUAAUUGCUGUCGUCAUGUCAUCUGAUGUGGCAAGCUAAAAUGGAGCAGGAUGAAACUCAACUCGGGUUGGCUGAACAGGGUAAUGUUCUGCUGUAUUUCCUGACAAAUGGUUGUCCUUUUUUUGCAAGUAUCUCAUUUUUGCUGUGCACUUAAAGCAUUACUUAGAGUUUCAAACUGAAGUUGUUCAAUUUGAUUUGUUUUUAUUUUUUUCCUUGUAACAUAAAUGCCUUCCUUUGCAAUUGUCUAUGAUUGUCAAAGUCAGUUCUAUGGAGUUUGAUGGCAUUACUUCAGCCCUGUAUUAAGUCAAGGCCUUUUUACAAAGACAAGAUCAGCUGCAGAAGUCAAAUUUGUCUCUGUUAGUUCUUGUAGUGCACACUGCUGAAUUGCAUAUGCUUCUUCAUGUUUCUUUUUCAUUCUGCUGUCUUUUGUUUGCCCCCCCCCCCCCAAAUCACCAGUCCUGAGUCGCCGAGACUAGUCAAGUUUGCACUGAUACAGAAUGAUGCCUUCUUUUUUCGAAUGCCAGAAUGUGAAAGUGAAAGGGUUUGGUACCGCGUGAAUUGUCGCUUCAUAUUGAAGUUUGUAUGUAUUUCUGUAUUCAUAUGGAGCCACAUAAUUGAUCGCUUUCAGAGAGACUAUAGUUGAAAUAUGAUCCUCUCCCCUCCCUCUAUGCAGUGUACAGUCAGCCAUUGGGUGUGAAAGACACCUUUUUUGUACUUGAGCCAACUCCCCAAGAGUUGAGUGUCCUCUCCCAGUGUCUUUCCUCUCUUUUUUAUCUGUUUGCUGCUGCUAAAGGUUUGGCUUUAGGGUUUGUGUGCUCUGGUCUCUGUAUUGUUUUCAUGGUCCCAAUGGUAUGUGAAUUGUCUUCAUGUUAUGAGGAAGCCUGGGGGGAGGGAGUUGAGGGUAUAGGGUAUUGCAGUAAACAAAGGAUCAAGAAUGUAACUUAAGGGAAGUAUUUCGUACGUAAGGAAUGGGACUCUGAUGCGUGUCUGCAAUAUAUGGGAAUGGGUUGGAGGCAAAAACUAGCCACUGCUUUUUUCACAGGGCUUAUAUUUUCCCCCCCAUCAUUAGAUGGAAAAAGCGAAAAAGGUUGAUGACUUAUGGUUUUGGUGCAAAUGGCAGUGUGAGCCACAAAUAUUUUACAGUGAAGUGUUGUGGAUUGAAUGUAGAAGAACACACAGGCCUCAGUUGUGUUGCCUGCUAUACUGUUUGUAUAUGAGUCACUUUUUUUCUACUGCAAAGAAGGGUGUCUGGCAGAAAGAAUGGUUUUCUGUGUCAACUGUUCCUUUUAGAAAUAAAACGCUAAGUUUCUACUGA